CUCCUUUGAACAGCGCUGCGCGUUGCAUUAUGGGACAAAAAUAAAGUGCAAAAUAUCCACACAGCGGGGACAAAGGAGCAAGACACAGUGGAUGGGACUGUACAGUAAACUUUCAAACUAUUUGUAGCGCUGUUAAAUAUAACAUUAAACUAGUAAGUCGUUCGACAAAACGGUGUUGGAUGCUGGUGUUUCCUAGUCGCUACAAUUGACAGAGAAUGGGACUUUCAUUUGGCGCGGUGAGCAGCCUUACCAGCUAAACCUGUGUGCUUCACGCCCAACCGUGGUGUGUUUACCCGGGUCAUACUCUGUCUACAAACCUGAGGCUUUCAGUUAUACGACAGGCCGGAUCACUCCUCUUUCUCUUGUGCAAGGUGAACCCGGGCUGCCUUGCGGAGCGGGCGGCGAGAUGGGCGUAAAGACCUUCACGCACAGCUCGCCCACGCACAGCCAGGAGGUGCUGGAGAAGCUGAACGCGCUGCGGGGCGAGGGCCAGCUGUGCGACGUGACGCUGCGCGUGCAGGGCCAGCUGUUCACCGCGCACCGGGCCGUGCUGGCCUGCUGCAGCGACUUCUUCCGCUCCCAGCUGCUGAGCCGGCCCGAGGAGCGCCACCACGUGCUGGACCUGCACCACGUGACGGUGAGCGGCUUCACCCCGCUGCUGGAGUACGCCUACACCGCCACCCUGUCCAUCAACACCGACAACAUCAUCGACGUGCUGGCCGCCGCCAGCUACAUGCAGAUGUUCGCCGUGGCCAGCACCUGCUCCGAGUUCAUGAAGUCCAGCAUCCUGUGGAACGGAGGGGGCGGGGGCGGGGCCGGGGGGCAGGAGAAGCCGCGGGACUCCGCCCCCGGGGCGGCGCCCGCCUGCACGCUGACCCCGCUGGACGGCUCCAGCCUGUCGCCCGUGUCGUCCGAGUGCAGCGUGCUGGAGAGGGCCGCGCCCGCCCGCCGCGGGUCCCGCCGCAAGCGCAAGGCCUUCGCCGUCGCGUCCCCCCCGAGCCCGCUCAAGUCCCCGCCCGCGGCCAACCCCUCCCCUUCCUUCCCCGAGGGCGGGGCCCAGGCGGCCGACUCCUCGCUGGCCUUCCCGUGGACCUUCCCCUUCGGCCUGGACCGCCGCUUCCACUCAGACAAGGCCAAGCUGGAUGAGGGCCCGCGCGGCCCAGUGCAGGCCCGCCCGCCCGCCGCCGCCCGCCGCCUGGCCGACUACCUCGCCUGCGACGGCUCCAAGGAAGAGGAGGAGGAGGAAGAGGAGGAGGACCUGCACGUGAAGGUGGAGCGCCUGAGCGACGAGGAGACGCAGGAGGAGGCGUCUCAGCCCAUCAGCGCCUCCCACAGCUCCCUGAGCGACCAGCAGACGGUCCCCGGGAGCGAGCAGGCCCAGGAGGACCUCCUGAUCAGCCCGCAGUCCUCCUCCAUCGGGUCUGUGGAUGAGGGGGUCGCAGAGGGGCUGCCUUCCAUGCAGGGUACGUCCCACACGGGCGCCCACGCUGAAGAUGACGAAAGGUUGGAAAGCGUUCAGUACCCGUACCACCUGUACAUAAGCCCCUCGAGCAGGCCGGGUCCGCACGGGCCCGACCGGCCCUUUCAGUGCCCCACCUGCGGGGUGCGAUUCACCCGCAUUCAGAACCUCAAGCAGCACAUGCUCAUCCACUCAGGCAUUAAGCCCUUCCAGUGUGAUCGCUGUGGGAAAAAGUUCACCAGGGCGUACUCCCUAAAGAUGCACCGUCUGAAGCACGAAGGUAAACGCUGUUUCCGGUGCCAGAUCUGUAGCGCCACUUUCACCUCCUUCGGUGAAUAUAAGCACCACAUGAGGGUGUCCCGCCACAUUAUCCGCAAGCCGCGGGUGUACGAGUGCAAAACGUGCGGCGCCAUGUUCACCAACUCCGGCAAUUUAAUCGUACACCUGAGGAGUCUGAACCACGAGGCGUCAGAGCUAGCAAACUACUUCCAGAGCAGCGAUUUCCUCCUGCCCGACUACCUGAGCCAGGUGCAGGAGGAGGCUCUGGGGCAGUACGAGCUGGCGGAUCAGAGCUUCGACAGUGGCUCCUCCAUCCACAUGCCCGUCAUCUCCCAGGUCUCCUCCACCCAGAACUGCGAGAGCACCUUCCUGCUGGGCCCCCUGACCGACCGCGAGGAGGAGGAGGACGAGGAGGAAGAGGAGGCGGGGGCGGGCGGAGCGGGGGGGUUGGUGCCGGACGAGCACAAGGCCUUUGGCGGGUCCCCGGACGCUUUGGAGGAGGAUAAUUCCCCGAACAAGGAACUGUCUUCCAUUAUAAUCGAGUAGACUCCCGCCCUCCGCCCCUGCACCCCGCCUGCCCCCCCCCUUACUGGAAAGUGCCUGAAUUCCCUUCCGUGAUUUUCACAAGCAUCAAGACCACGAGACGUCAAAACCUGACGGCUUUCCAGUUCAAAAGCUAACGGACUCUGAGCAACAAAACCUUUCUUUUUCUUUGUGCUGAACUUAACUACAUUUGUAUUUUAUAUGACUAACAAAAACGUGCUUAUAUUUUAUUUUAAAGUGCUGUGGUUUUUUAAACAGUUCAUGUUACUUUUACUAGAAAACGAUCUCGUUGUGACAGCUUGUAGUCUGGGCUUAUUCGAGUACGCGCUUGGAUGUUCCGAUGUUCGAUGUGAGUUUUUUGUGUGCGUGAGUAUGUGUGUCUACGCUCGCGCGUGUGUUUUUCCCUGUAAAUCUGAAUCACACUGCUUGAAGUAUAUAUCGAUAUAAAACAUUUAUUUGUAAUGUUACACUUAAAACGGCCUUGUCUUUAUACGGUAGGGAAACACAAACGUAUUGAUUGCAUUAGAGCCUGGGCAGUGCUUGGUCUGAUUGAGGUUUUGCUGGAGUUUGGCCUGUGCCCUGUGCUGUCGGUGGAUGGUGGUCAGCGGUGUGCUGUAGCGUGUGGAUGUUGGCGAGCGGUGAGCAGUUGGGGAGAAUUGUGCCCUGUACUGAAAUGUCUUUUAUUGCCUGUGCGAAUAAUGAAACUCUCCAGUGUAUUACACGGUGUGACUAUCAUGUGUUUGGCACCUUUUGAGGGGAGGGUUUGCCUGUCGCUCUCAGCCAAUAGCACUCAGACAGGGUAUUUGAAUCAGCCUGCAGUCAAAAUAGCAAUAGUGGCGUAUAUAGUUUUGAUAUGUGGCACAGAAAUGGACCAAAAAGUGUGAAAUGGGCAAGCAGAUAUGCAUAACCCCGCCCCGUGUAUCUUAGGCUCACCUUCUGCGGUUUGCAGCGCAGUGGUGUUGGUGAUGUGCAGUGAUUCCAGUGAUGUCAAUUAACUGCAGCCCACGACAUGGGUGCUGCUUCACCACCACACAUGAAAUUCUGGUGGGUAUUUUAGCUUUGGUGUUAUAGCUCAGACAUGCCCUGUUUAACAGGAAGUAGUUUAUAUGAACUCUGGGAGGAUGAGUCCCGUACCUCGGUGUAUAUGAUGGGUUGUACCAUAGUAGCAGGACUCUGGCAGGACCUCACAUGGUGUGUGAAAGCGGUGCAUUUGCUUUUCUGCCUCAAGGUAACCUACACAGUUCACCAUUGAUGAGUGCACUGCAUCUACUGGAUAUUGCUCUUCAGACCGACGUUGAAAAUAACGCUUAAAAAAAGAAAGAAAAAAAUUCUGUUGAGGAGAAAUUUCCCGCUCAAGGCCAUGAUUUGUAUCAUUUGGAUAAGCCAAAGAAAUUAAUUUUGGGCAGAAAAAAAUGUUUCCUUAAGACACCCUGGAUCCAUCCACCGCCUGGAACGUAUAAUUCUGUUUACAGAGAGGAAAAUACAAUCAUGGCUAAUGGUCCCUGUGGCCUGAGGGAAAAAGAUCAUUUUAUCUGUAUUGAGGAUUGAUUUGGAAGAUGUGAACCAGAGGCCUUAAGCACAAGUCCUUCAGGCAGUUUUCACAGAAGGAAAUUUCUAGGAACAUUACAGUAUGAUUACGUUUCUCAUUUUGGUUAAAGAUUUAUGAACAAUCCUUCCCAGUAUAUAUAUUAAACAUAUCAGCCAGGUCCACAUACAGCACUCUUUACAUCAUAUGUAUAGAGCUGUGUUUUUAAAAACAUUCUAAAAUGAGCAGAGUUUAGCCUAAUUAUAUUUGUUGACUUAAUAGAAUGUGAAUAAACUUGAAGUGCUGUCCUGGCCAUAACUUUCUGAUACCUGCAGGCGUUUAGAUGAUACUGGGAUAAUUCAGAGUGGAUUCAUACUAUCUUGGUUUAAAAGGAUGUUAAAGCCGACAGAAAUAUCAGUAUAUAUUGAAAUGGGUCAGAAAUUACCUGCUGGAGACUACAUGGGCACAGAGACCUCCAUGUCCUGUGACUCAGACCCCAUCCCAGUCCGCAUCCAUCUCAUAAUGCAGAACUAAUGCAUAAUCAAUGAAUUACAAGUGCGAUGUGUUUCUUGUAGUGGUAUGGGACUGCACAUAAAGUAUAAGUGAAACAAUCUAUCAAUAUAACUGUACACAGAUAUAUGCAUGUUUGUAUAUGUGAUGCAUACAUAUAUGAAUUAUUAUAUAAGUAUGUGUUUACUGGUGUGGCGUGGUAUUAUAAUUAUUAUUUUAUAUAACAUAUAAAUGCUGCUGUGUGGUAAUACUUAAGAGAACAGUGUCAAAGUGCCCAGAACAUUUCAGUGGACUUUCUGUGUGCAAUAAAUAAAGUUAGGGGGUCCCUUACCGACUGUUCCUGAAUUGUGAUAAAGAAUGUACUGUGAAAUACUAUAAUAUAUAUGACUGAAAGUGAGAAUAGGAAAAUUGCUGCAAAUUCACUCAUCCUGUGAAAUUUAUCACUUCCUGUACAAAAAACAAAAAACAAAACAAAAUCUUUGUUUACUGUCAAGUUUUCUUGAGUGGUGAAUCGCGCUUUGGGUUCGUGUUUCCGUGCUUCCGAGCGCAUGUGCUUUCCUUGUAAGUAACAGGCGUUCUUGGAUGAGACUAGACAAUGUCCUUGAGCCUGCAAACACAUGCCUGUUUACCCAAUGUGUCUGACUUUUUCCACAGUGAAUUAGCCUGAGGGCUUUGGUAUUUCCAUGGGUUUUGUAAGAUGUUUGCUUCUGGUGUGUGCAAUGGUUUUACAUAUUUGUUCUGAAGAUGGUACAUUAUCAGGUUUUUAUAUCUAUGAUGCAUAUUUUUUCUGGUCUGUAGUGUUUAUGAAUAAGGAAAAGAAGAAAAAACCCAACUAUCAUCAUAUAUUUUUUUGAUCUUUUGUAUUUCAAUUUGUUGUUUGAAUAUGUAUUUUAUGGACAUUCUUGUUCUCAAUGUGAAUGGCAGAGAAAUAGUCAAAUGUCUGAGCCUUAUUCAGUGAUAACUUUUCUGUCUGUAGUAUAUAUAUAUAUAUAUAUGGUAUUGUGUAGAGUUUCUUGAAGUUAUAACCUAGUUUGCAUUGUGUUGCUUUUGAUAUUUAAAUCAGUAGUUUACUCAUAGAUUUUUAUAUUAAAAAUAUAUAUAAAGUAUUGCAGUUCACACAUUAUUCGUGAAUGAAAGCUUGUGAGCAAAUAUUCAUUCUGGACAAGUGUGCUGAACUAGAUUUGUUUUAGAGCAUUUUUUAACUGAUCAUUCAGAAAAUAAGUAUAUUUUUGGUUUUCUCUGUUGGAUGCUUUUAAAGCUUGGCCAGCCAUUGUGUUUUGGAAAUUGCAAGUUAAAAAGGGGGCAUUUCGUACAAAGAAAAAAUGUAAAUAAAAUGAUACAUUGAA